GGUCGUACGCGUGCCCUCGCCGAUAGCUGCCGACUCGCGCCAGGCGUGCAGCGUGCCAGUCGUGCGACGGCUAGCGCGAGCGUUACACGCGUCAUAAGACGAUAUGCUGUGACAGUUCACACGAUUCGCGUGUUCAGUGAUUGUUCGUAAUGGUGACGGGCAUCGGCAGCCCCCAGCAAGGGGUGUCCAACGUGGCUAUGAGCCCAACAGGAAUGCAGGAGCAGAAGAAAACUGGAGAUAAUAGACGAAGUAAUAAACCUAUAAUGGAAAAGCGACGUCGGGCGCGCAUCAACAACUGCUUAAAUGAACUAAAAGCACUUACCCUUGACGCGAUGAAAAAAGAUCCGGCUCGCCAUUCAAAACUAGAAAAGGCAGACAUUUUAGAAAUGACGGUGAAAUAUUUGGAGGGUCUUCGUUCUGAAGGUGCUGGUUCACCGGAUAGAUUUAAGGCAGGCUAUAGGCACUGCUUAUCCGAAGUCGCUAAGUUUCCUGGUUUAGAUUCGGGAUUGAAAAAACGCCUUGUACGACAUCUCGAAGGAUGUGUGACUAGUCCCGGUACUAGGCCGUUUGCGGCGCCCACGCCCCCGUCGGAUAUAGAAGAUGCAGUUGUUCCUCCUCAACAUUCAACCAUAUUUAUUUCGGCUGGUCCCGGUUCUGGAGUUCGACUUGUUCCAACGAGGUUAUCAAACGGUGACAUUGCUCUCGUAUUGCCAGCUGGAGUAAGUGCGAGUACCAUCGGCGCCGUUCCUACACUCGUACCACUUUCCCCACGAGAUGCCUCUUCAUCGUCAUCAGAACCUAGAUGUUACUCCCCAGCCAGCUCCGGUUGGGGAACACCUCCUCCCCCAUCAGAGGAACCCGCGCCCCUCGCAUUGGUUACAAGACGACAACCUCAAGAGGAAAAACCCUGGCGACCUUGGUGACAGCCCAUUCCCUGUUUAUUUAUAAUCUGUGAUAUUUGUUUGUAAUUGUAUGAUACAGAUUAUGUAUGAGUGAUAGAUUUAAAAAGUUCCUAUAUAAAUAAACUAUUUUAGAGAUUAUAUUUAGUUUUAGAUUGUUCGCUUGGUCAGUACUUGUUCUGUGUUAUAACACUAGGUUUUAUUAAGCGGUGUUUAAAUAAAUAAGCCAUUUAACUAACAAAUAAUUCUAGUUUUAGUCUUCCUUGUAAAUUAAACUAUUGUAGAUUAAGAACAAUUGUAAAUUUCAAAUGACAUCUAAGGCAGUAUUUCAUAAAUGGGACGGUUGUCCAAUAUAACUAACUGAAUUAAAUAUAUUUUAUAUUUUAAUGAUAGCACUUAGUGCCAUUUAAAUGCAUAAUAUUUGAUUUAUACGUACUACUAGGUUUGAUCAUGAAAAUAUAAUAUAGGGAAUAUGUUUUUAUAAAUCUUUAGAAUACAGUACAGUAUAAUUUGUUAUCUAGUGGACUUCUCUGUUAACCUCCAUAUUCAAUAAUUUACUUAUUUACAGUAAAAUAUUAUGUGUUAUAUUAAUUUGAAUAAAAUAAUUUAAUUGAAUAUUAUAGAAUUCUUUGUGCCUUAUACAGCAAAAUCGGAUAGUCUUCCAAGUAAUAUUAAGCAUGCGAGUUAUAUGUAUAUAUUGAUGUUAAAUAAUAGCCAUUGAAUUAAAUACCUAACUAUUAUUUAACAAUAAUAGUUGAACAAAUGAAUAACCUAAUACUUAUAAUUUGUUUAAAUAAGAAAAUAUUUCGUUACCAAUUUCAUGACAAUAAAGUCUUCCAUUUUAGUUACCGAUUCGUGGACAGUUGUAGAAUGAAAAUCAAUUAACAUGACUUUUAAGGGAAAUAUCUGUAACAAUAAUCUCGAAAUUGUAAUUUGCAAAUAUAUUAUUAUGCUUUGAAUAUAGUUUUAUAAUUAAAGAUAUUUAAGUUUUAAGUGUGUAAAUAAGACGUAUGUGUAAAACUGAGUUAUAGACACAAAUGUUUAGUAAAGUGAUAUUAUUUAAACUUAAGAUACUUUACCUAAAAGACAUAUGCCAUUUUAUGUACAAAAUAAAUAUUAAAACAAUCAAA